UAUUUUAUUUCAUAAUUGAUUUGUCUGUGGAGGGCACUGUCCGUUUCUUCUUCUUCCUCGGCGUAAGGCGAAGGUGAGAAAAAAAGAGGAAAAAGGGAACUCAGAGUUCGAACUCAGUUGGUUUGUAUAGACAACGAUCAGUAGCAAGGGGGGAGAAAUGAGGCCUACACCGAUGGAUUUCUUCGCGGAGAUGGAAGAACAGGGAUCCACGGUCGCGAUGGACGUGGAUGAUGUGGAUCCACUCGAGAUAUUUAGCGAGGGGGUGAUCUCAGCCGAGAACAAGCUCGCGGACGCCGAUUUCUUCAACUCCUUUGAGGAUGAUUUUGAUGACUCCGACAUCAACUGAAGUUCAGUUCCGUGGUUCCAUUCAAAAGAAGUAGUUCACGUAUCAAUUGUAUGUUUAUUGCUCCUGUUAAUGAAACAAGAUGAUUUAUGCUUAGGGAUUUCGCCCCCUGUUUGGUUACUGAGAAAUUGAAAUUUCGACAUUGGUUCUUUUCUUGAGUACUUGCUUGGUGAUAUCAUAGUUGCUCUUGCCUCGCAAGGAUGAUGGUUAACAACGUAAUCUUUGUCAUUAGUUGCAAGGAAAACUGAAGGGGAAGAUGUUUAUAUGUAGCAGAAAAUGGCAGGAACUAUGUGCUCCGUUCUGAUGUUU